GUGUAGCUAGCAGCAGCUAGCUCAGCCGUUUAAAUGCACCCGGGCUGGACAGCCUCACAUCCACGGCAUUACUAACAACAUGCCCCGAGUUUUAACUUUUUAACCAUUUCCGCCCCUUCAGCGCUUCUGGGGACACUGUUAUGGUUUCGGAGAAUGGACGACGUGUCGGUUAGAGAGCAACUUUUCCACAACCGCGUCCGGGAGACCAUAAUAUGUGUACUCCUGUUUACAUGCCUUUACAUGGUGUCCUACCUCAUACUUACCCAUUUCAAGAAGGCUGCAGAGUUUGUCACAGAUGAUAUUGAAGAUGCCACCGUCAACAAAAUUGCGCUGUGGCUGUGUACGUUCACCCUGUCUGUUGCAGUGUGUGCUGUGCUCCUUCUCCCCAUCUCUAUCCUGUCCAAUGAGGUGCUGCUCACCUUCCCACAGAGCUACUACAUGCAGUGGCUCAAUGGAUCUCUUAUCCACGGAUUGUGGAACCUAGUUUUCCUUUUCUCCAAUUUGUCCCUCGUCUUCCUCAUGCCCUUUGCCUACUUUUUCACGGAGUCUGAGGGAUUUGCAGGCUCCAGAAAGGGGGUUAUGGCACGAGUGUAUGAAGCAGUUGUGCUGCUGUUGCUGCUGGCUCUGCUUGUGCUGGGCAUUGUGUGGGUGGCAUCAGCCCUCCUCCAUGACAACAUUGCCAGGAAGAGCCUCUAUGACCUGUGGGAGUAUUACCUUCCCUACCUGUACUCAGGCAUCUCUCUAUUUGGAGUGUUGCUGCUUUUGUUAUGCACUCCCUUUGGGUUGUCCCGAAUGUUCAGUGUAACUGGCAGCCUCUUGGUCAAACCACGGCUGUUGGAAGAUGUAGAAGAUACCCUGAGCUGCACUGCAUUUGAGGAAGACUCGCUCUCCAGGAAGCUGAAAUGUGGCAGCACAACGUCAUGCUGGGUCAAGCUGAACAUGGAGGCGAUGAAAAAAGAGUACCAAACAGCUCGGAGCAAGCGUAUCGCCCUGGAAAUGCGCAGGAAAGCCUCCCCGUGGCAGCGAAACUUGGGCUAUCCACUGGCCAUGCUCAUGCUCCUCGCACUGACGGUGAUGUGUGUACUCAUGGUCUGUUUCAAUGUGUUGGAGCUGCUCCUGGAUGAGACUGCAAUGCCCAGAGGAAUGGAGGACCCUCACCUGGGGAUGGCCUCCUUCUCCAUGUUCGGUUCACUGGGUGCUGCAGUUCAAGUAGUCCUCAUCCUCUAUCUGAUGGUGUCCUCAGUGGUGGGCUUUUAUAGCUCUCCUCUCUUCACCAGCCUCCUGCCUCGUGCACAGGACACCAACCUCACACAGAUAAUUGCAAACUGCGUGUCACUGCUCAUCCUGAGCUCAGCACUGCCUGUUUUUUCACGCACACUUGGGAUCACCCGCUUCGAUCUGCUGGGAGACUUUGGUCGGUACAACUGGCUGGGGAACUUCUACGUCGUCUUCCUGUACAACAUGCUGUUUGCUGGUCUCACAUCUGCCUCCCUGAUCAAAACAGUCACCUGGGCGGUACAGAGAGAGCUCAUCCGUGCCUUCGGUCUCCACAGAUUGCCCUUAACUGUGUCACGCUCCACCGUCCCCUUCAGACUCCUCCUGGCCAGUGGACUGUCUAAAAUCCAGUGACUUUUCCUCCACGCCACUGCCUUUCCUAACCUUUAGAAACCGAGCCACUUCAAAUGUGCGCCUAUUGGAUUAAAGGCAUUUGCAAUUCAGUCCCUUUGCCAGUUGGUACAUGGGUCAGGUCGCCCUGUGUGAAGAGACCGGCGAGGUGACGAGUCUGCCCGCACCGUGUCCAGUGGGAGCACUGCUUGAAGUUGUGUUUAAUGACCAAUAUAUCAGGGUCCAAGUUUGUGCAGUUAUUUGACAGCAAGGAUAAAUACUGGUACAAGCAGUGAGCUGAGUCGUGGUUACGACUGGUACAAGGGGAAAAGGGAUUUAAGCCAGUCCUGCCAUAGUGGACAAUAAGAGAGCAACCCCCGCCAUCAAAAUCUGAUGCCUCAUGAAAAGAGGAUCCAGUGGAAAGCCGUUGUUCUUUUGACACAUGUGAAAGUCAGCAGAGUUAUUUUGAAAUAUUACAUUCUAACUGUGACGUAAUUUCCUCUUCCUGUUCCAGGUCGAUUGAGUGCUCUCUCUUUCUCUGCGACUUCCCCACGCUUUCCCCUCUUUGGUCGUACCACUAUUUUAAGAUUGGGAAUCUUACUUCCAUGUGUUUGGUGGUCCAGUCUGCACCAGUGUUAUGUUAGUUAAUGACAGGAAGUUGUUAUUGGGAGCAAAUAGGACGCAGAGUACCCUGUCUGCCUAUGGAUCUUCAGGUUACACAGGGAAUAUGCGAGGGAGGUCAUAAUCUCAGUGUUAGAGAAACGUAGUUUACAAGCAGAAUUAGGAGCAUUAAACAGGGUUUUUACUCUUGUAGAUGACAGUAAGCGUACUGAGCCUGAGGAUGACUCAUUAAUUUACAGAAAUACACUAAAAUGAAAGCUUUACACUUUGUCUUAUGCAAGACUUUUGAACACCAUGUGACACUCACUAGGAGGAACUUCUGCCUUUGACCAAUCAAACUGUGAAUUAUUAAGAAUUUAUGUGGGGAAGUGCAAUAUUUUAUAAGUAAACGCACACUUUUUAACUUUACCAAAAGUGAUUUCUGAAAUCUUCUAUAUGCUUUCUCUUAAUUUUCUGUGAAGUAUUUUUUCAUCUCAUUCCUCUUUGUUGGACACUGGGGUGAAGGGUUAGAAUAGAAAAGCGAAUGUGAUUGUCAAUCCAUGCAAUCUGUCCCAGUGUCAGUUUUUAUAUUGUGAUGUGUUUAUCAGCUGUAUCUCAUCAUCAUCAAUGUGUUGGUGACUCUGCGUCAUCGUUUGCCUUAGCUGCUGUAUCAGCAGGUUAUUAGCUGUUGGUUUGACCAGCAGGGGACAGUGUCUCUUAAACCCAACACCAGCCUCUGUGUUGUGUGAGACUCUUACUCCGCUUAGUUAUUAUAUGUAUUAUAUAUAUGGAACACUCUGAGGUUUACUCAUUUCAUUUUUCUGGGAAUUUCCUUUGUUUUUGGGAACACAAAGUUUGUAAUGAACUUUUUUUUUUUUGUCAUUAUUUAUGGGCAUUUUGGGAUCUAUACUUAACACGUUGACUCUUAGGAUUUUUAACAGUUGUUAAAAAUGUUGAAUGUGAUACAGUUGAGACAAAAAAAUCUUUAGAGUUGUUCUCAAGGAUUAAAAAAAUGUUUGUUUACUUUUAAAUGCUCUGUUUGAGAUUUUCUGAACAGAAUUUUUAACCACCAUUGUUUUAAGAGCAGAACAAUAAAAAUCAUCUUAUGUUUUUAA